AUGGCUGUAAAUGCUGUAAAUGCUGUAAAUCCCACUCCAUUACGCCUCCCAUCAGCCAUUCCCACUGGGAAAUGGAUUUCCAAUGCCAGAGUUUGCCUCCCCAGAAAACCCCCAACUCAAUCUACUUCCUCUUUCAACAAGAACUUCAGAUCUCGUUCCAAUUUCUCUCUCAAACCUUCUUCUUCUUCCCUUGCUUCAGUUGGAAAUGCAGGAUAUGUGGAGGAACCUUCAACUAAUGUGAAAUUUUCGACGUCCUUCACUCUUCCGGGCUGCUCGACUUCGCUGUCGUUGCUCGGAACAGCUGCAAAUAUUUCAGGUUACAGAGAGAAGGUUUUUGCAAUCAUUGGUGUUAAGGUCUAUGCUGCAGGAUUAUACAUCAAUUCAUCCAUCUCAAACGAAUUAAAUGCUUGGAGGGGUCGAUCGGCUGCUGCAAUUCAGGAGGAUUCUUCCUUGUUCAAUAUAAUCUUUCAGUGUAAUAACCAUUACCUAUAA